AUGACGCACAGGAUAUUAGCUGCAUUGUUCUCAGAGUUCCCUGAAAACUCGGAUGCAGGCUGUUCCUGGAACUCUACCAUGCACAUAGAUACGGCAGUUGCUUCCUACUGGCCUGAGUUCAUGGUAAUGAAACCUCCAGAAGUUGGUCUGGACAGCUCAUCAGAGCUUUGUUCUUGCUUCACACAGCCCCAGUGCUCCACCAAAAUGAUCAGGUUGUUAAAUGGGUCAGAUGUCCAUGAUGGCACAGCGAGCUGUAUUACAGAGACUGGGCAUGUAACUUGGAAGCUUCAACAAGAUGUCAAGGAGUUUCGGAAUUCAUUCCUGGUGCUCAUACAAAACUAUCAGGAAGAGUACCAGAGCUGCCUUUCUGACGUCACAGCUGUUGUGCAGAGGGCAGAGCUGAGCAGCGAGGCUCUUCGAGCUUCUCAGUCAGAGGCUACACACCUACAGCAGUGCUUGCAGGAACUGGAGUCACGCUACCACUUGGAGCAGCAGAGGAGGAGAGCCCUCCAUAACAGCCUGGUGGUGAGUGCCUGCAUUGCCAGCACAGUGGUUCAGCAACUCAGAAUAUGCCCAAGGAUGAGCGAGCUGACAGGAAACAUCCGAGUCCACUGUCGCAUUCGUCCCUUUGUGUCAGUUGAUGAGGAGCUGGUUGGUUCAACUUCACAGAACUGCCCCACCCUAGGAGAAGCGGUCCACGCUGUUGAUGAUGAAACAGUCCUGGUGAGGUGUGCGCUUCCUGGCCGCCCUCCUGCUGAGAAGACCUACACCUUUGAAAGAGUGUAUGGCCCAGCAGAACCUCAGGCAGCGGUGUUUGGAGAUGUGCGCCCCCUCCUCAUAUCCCUUCUGGAUGGGUAUAAUGUAUGCAUUAUGGCGUACGGACAGACUGGAAGUGGGAAAAGCUACACCAUGUUGGGGCCCCACUCUGAAGAUGACUCUGCGCUGCCAUCAGGUGCUCGUGAAGACUUGGGGGUCAUCCCCAGAGCAGCUGAGGAACUCUUCAGGCUCAUGUCAGAAAACCCUUCAGGAAGCUCAAAGGUUGAUGUUUCCAUAGUAGAAAUUUAUAACAACAACAUUUUUGACCUUCUGGCCAAAGAUGGUUCUACAGUGAUAUCUGGGGCUAAGUGCCAGGCAGUAACAACCCAGGAGGGACGUUCAGAAGUACCCAAGCUGACCUGCAGGUCUGUCACCAGUGCCGUGGAGUUUGUGGGGCUCAUCCACAGAGGCGUGAAACUCAGAGCACAGCACCCCACCCUGGUACACCAGAACUCUUCCCGAUCUCAUCUGGUUGUCACGGCAACGCUGACCACAGCUUCCUCCUUGGGCAGCACUGCCCCACAGUCCAGCCAGGCUUCCCUCCAGAAGAAAGCAGGGGCAGGGAAUUGGUGGACUGCCCAUCCCCAGGGUUCAUCUCCGCACAUCGUUCCAGUGGACUCUGCAGACCAAUCUGAGCAGGUGCUGGCCAAGCUGCAGCUUGUGGACUUGGCUGGCAGUGAGUGUGCAGCAGUGUCUGGGGUGACUGGUUUGGCACUGAAGGAGACCUCCUUCAUCAACCGGAGUCUGGCUGCCCUCGCAGAUGUCCUUGGAGCCCUGUCAGAGCACUGUGACCACAUCCCUUAUCGGAACAGCAAGCUCACGCACCUGCUCCAAGAUUCCAUCGGUGGUGAUGCAAAGUUACUGAUGAUUCUGUGUGUAUCCCCCGGGCAGAAGCACAUGGCAGAGACUCUACGGGGCCUAAAAUUUGGGGCUCGAGCACGGCAGGUUGAACGAAGAGCUCCCAGAAGGAGACCUCGCAGCUCACAGAUGCAGAGAUGGCCGUUUGCUCCCUGGGCCUGGGAUGAACCUUGCUCCAGAUCACCGGACCCUAGAGUGACAGGAACCGAGUGGCUAGAGAGGAGACUUCUCUUGGAUCAGGAGCGUGGCUGGGCCCACAUCUGGAAAAGGAGCUGGACUGUCUGCCACAGUGAGGGAGCCUCACUGAAGGUCAGACACUGUGACCACAGGUCGGGUAAGACAAAGAUUGGUCUCUGCAGACCCAGAGGCAAGUAUGCCCCAAGACUAGGUGACAGGAACCUAAAUGACCAGCAACUGGCCCUGUGUACUCUAAACCCCAGUGUGGCCAGACAGGGCAUCAACCCAACAUAUCAAGCCUGUCAGGGACUCAGCAUGCACUGGGUGAAGGUGCCAUCAACAGGCCCUGGACACUCUGUAACCUUGACUUCUGGUUUCUGUCCCAAGGCCUGA